AAACUAUGGCGCAUACACGAGCUUCCGACCGUAUGCUAUCGAUACCACAUCUAUGGGAGGAGGUCUUCAUCCACCUCGCACCGCAAACCUGCUGCAAUCCCGGCGCAAACCAAAUAUCCGGUCGCGAGAAACCUCCGAGCAACAGCAGCUAUGCGGCCAAGGAAGGACAGCGUGCUUUGGCACGAUCAGCGCGCGUGUGCAAGGCGUUCGCGGAGCCUGCGCUGGAUGUCUUGUGGCGAGAGUUGGACGACUUGCUUGUCUUGUUGCGUAUUCUACCCCCGUUCCAGCCGUAUACGUCCCGUUACUUUAGCAUUCUGGAGGAGGUUACGCCCGCUCAGUGGCUUCGGUUUCAAUCUUACGCCAGACGUGUGCGCGUCCUUUCUGGCAAGGCCUUCAAGAGCGCCAUGUACCAAGUGGACAAAAUGGUCUGGACGGCUCUCGAGCGACUUUGUAAAGACCAGCCCCUACUGCCCAACCUCCAGAUCCUCUCCUCGCCGGAUCUCAAAAACGAGUACCUCACUCUGUUAACGCUUCUAGCGCCAUCUCUGCACAGUCUUGUGCUCUCGUUUCCAGAAUCAGAGAUCGAUCACGACGCCGUCUAUGCUCGUACACGACCAUCCACUCGAGGCGUCUUCCUACAGCUCUUGAUCCCUCGCUGCCAGCGCCUGACGGAGCUCUCCAUAGACUCUGGGCUGAAAAACUUACCAGCGAAGUUUAUAACCUCGUUCACUCGCUUGGACAAACUUGUGCAACUCAACUUGGUCUACUCCGGAGCUGUGGCCGACUACCCCACGCUCCAGAGCAUCUCUCAGAUGACCGCGCUCCGCGACCUUACGCUGGAGAUAUCUCUCGACCGCAGCGUCAAAUCGGCAAAGCUCCCUCCGCUUGGUGGAGCGUUCCUCGAUCUGGAGAAGCUACAGCUCUCUGGCAACAUCGCCGACCUGCACAGGGUGUUCGAGGCGUGCGAGUGCCCGCAGCUCUCCGAGCUCGCUCUCUCCAUAUCUGGGAAAACGACGGUCGAUACCCUCCAGGAUGGUCUCGACAUGGUCUGCAGCAGGGUCUCGACGUCGGUGACCGAACUCAGCUUGUUCGUGUCCGCGAAGAUCUCUUCUCCGAAAAAGCGAACCGACGAAACCAGCCUCUUCGAUCGCUCGCCGAUCACCUGGCAACCGGCGCCGCUAGUCGACAUACUCCGGCCGUUCCUGGCAUUCCACGAACUCGACAGCGUAAGCGUUGAGUUUGAUCACUACGCCCCGCGCAUGAACGAUGAGGACGCACGCGCCUUCUCGCACGCCUGGCCGGCCCUCACGUUAUUCCACCUGCGCUUCGACCGCUCCUCGCUCAAUGUUCUGCCAGGGAAUUCCAACAUCAUCACGAUCGGUGGGCUAGGAGAGUUCGCGCAGGGAUGUCCUCAACUAGAGGUCCUCAAUCUCCCAGUGCUGGACAUCCGGCCCACUCCUUUGCUAGGCACAGCACCGGGGCAGAAGGCUCUGUACUCUUUGAGUAUCCACGAAUUCCUGGGCGGCCGGGAAGCGAACCUGCUCGACGUCGCUGUGGCGCUUGACCUCCUGUUUCCCUCUCUGGGGAAACGUCCGGAUGUGACCAUGGACGGCAGCAUCGUGCCGGACGUCAUCAAUGCAGACAGCCGCUGCCAGCCUGCACGCGUUGUGAUGCUGCUGGUUGGCGCGAUGUGGGCGCGUCGGGAGCAUGAGCAGAGGAAUCUUGCUAUAGCAGAUGGCGAUGAUUUUAGCUGGUGUGAGGAGAUUAGCGAAGACGACGCGGAUGACGCGAGUGAAUAA